GGUAAACGUGCACCUCUUUACUACACACCUCCACUCUUUCUACCACUUGCAAAAGACAGAGUCUUUGCUGCUUUAGAAUUUCUAAAUUUACUGCUUUCUUUUUCAAGCAUAUUAUAUAGAAAGUUAGAACACAAGAUGCCACCUAUUCUUCUUGGGAUUAUCGGAGGAAGCGGAUUUUACGAUCUUCCAGGAUUUGAAGUGAUCAACACAGUGAAUCCUGUUACACCUUGGGGAUUUGCCGCCUCCCCCAUUUCAAUCGCUCGAACCGCUUCUGGAUUUUUAAUUGCAUUUUUAGCUAGACAUGGUGUUGGACACACAUAUACCCCAACGGAUGUUCCUGCUCGUGCAAACAUUGCAGCUUUGAAGAGUCUUGGAGUUCAUGCCAUUAUCUCUUUCAGUGCUGUAGGUUCUCUCCGCGAAGAAAUCCCUCCCGAAGACUUUGUUCUUCCUAGUCAAAUUAUUGAUAGAACACUCUGCGCUCGUCCAAACACGUUUUUUGAAUCUGGUUGCGUUGCACAUGUUAGUUUUGGUGAUCCAUUUGAUCAGGAUCUAUAUGAAGUGCUCAGCCAGUGUGGUUCAUCGCUUCAAAAUGGUGCUAAGCUUCACCAUAAAACCGGUGCUGAUGAUUUGACCGUUGUUUGCAUGGAGGGUCCCGCAUUCAGCACUCGUGCCGAAAGCAACCUGUACAGAAGCUGGGGUGGUAGUGUCAUUAACAUGUCUGUCAUUCCUGAAGCCAAGCUCGCUCGUGAAGCCGAAAUUUCCUACCAAAUGGUUUGCAUGGCUACUGAUUAUGACUGCUGGCGUGUCAAUGAAGAACCAGUCAAUGUCGAGACAGUUAUGAAACAUCUUGCCAAUAAUCGAAAUAACGCUAAGCUUUUGCUUUUAGAAGCAAUCGACAAACUCGAAGGCCCUCUCUUAGCUGGCCAUAUUGGUAAAAAUCUUCGCCAGACCGUUCAAACUGGUAUUCAAACAAACUCGAAGCAUCGCGAUUUGAAUGUCCUUCGUAAACUGCAAUUCCUUUUCCCAUCAUUGCAGGCAUUGCACUAAGUGGUAGUUUCUUUCAUUUGCUCCUCCUAUACCAAACUAAUAGUGAAACCUUUCAAUCUAUCAAUUCUUUUAUAUA